CAGCCGAUAUAGAUAAGUAAAUGGUAUAUAAGGUAACAUUCCAAAAGUAUUCGAUAUAAAGUUUGAAACUAUCGUUCUAUUCGUUAAUCUCUGUUUGAACAACAUGGCUUUCAAAAUCGCUUGCUUGGUCCUGGCACUGGCUGUAGCCUGCUACGGAUCCCCUCACUACGGCGGCGGUAACCAAGGUUACGGAGGCGGCCAAGGAGGCUACGGCGGCGGCCAAGGUGGUUUCGGCGGCAACCAAGGCAGCCAGGGUGGUUUCGGCGGACAUCAGGGCGGUCAAAGUGGUUUCGGCGGAGGCCAAGGGGGCCAGGGUGGUUUUGGCGGGCCCCAGGGCCAGAGUGGCUUCGGAGGACAACACGGUGACCAAGGAUUCGGACAGGGUGGACAUGGACAACAAGGCUUCGGGCAAGGACAAGGUCAGGGUGGUUUCGGAGGAGGUAACAGUGGCUUCGGGUCUGGAGGCCACAGCGGCCACGGGGGCCAUGGUCACCAAGGAGGCUACCAACAACAUGGCUACUAGAUAAUUUAAAAAAGAACUGAUUGACUGAUGGAAUUGUUAUGUAAUAGGUUUUACUGUGAUUAAUAAACGACUUGAAUUUUGUUUACCAA